AGCAACAUCAUGGGACAACUUAGAAAUUACAUCAUUUAAUUUGAAUUCAAUUAAAACUAGUCCUGAUAUUAUUGUUGAAUAUGAAAGAUUAAUAGAAAAAUAUAACAAUAUUAUUGGUAGAUUUAAUACAUUUGUAAUAUGA